UUGGAAUGGUAAGGCUGUUCGGAGUAGAUGUGAUCGGAUUGUCCUGUUCUUGGAAGGACCCAGUUAAAGGGCCGCUAAUUCAUUCCUCCGUUGCUGGGCAUGAUUGUAAUAAUUUUGGUGGUGGCCUAGAAUCAUGACAGGCAUAUGAAAAGAGCAGAAACAGGAGAGCUGGAGUGCAUUGGGAUUUGGAUACUCAUAGUUCCUCUGCUUGGUGGAUAAGGUGAGACCAAGUUGGGGAUGCUCUCAUAAUGAAUGUCAACCAGUCAGCUCCACCUGUGCCGCCAUAUGGGCAGCCCCAGCCUGUCUACCCAGGGUAUCAUCAAUCCAGCUUCGGUGGGCAACCAGGGUCCACAGCCCCUCCCAACACGUAUGGCGCCUACAAUGGGCCAGUCCCCGGCUACCAGCAAACACCUCCUCCAGGAGUGUCAAGAGCCCCACCUUCUUCAGGGGUGCCUCCAGCCUCCACAGCACAGGCCCCUUGUGGCCAGGGAGGAUACGGCCAGUUUGGCCAAGGAGAUGUACAGAAUGGGCCUAGCUCCACUGUUCAAAUGCAAAGGCUCCCUGGGUCUCAGCCAUUUGGGUCAGCCCCAGUGGCCCCUGUGGUCAGCCAGCCAGCUGUUCUUCAGCCCUAUGGCCCUCCCCCGACAAGUGCACAGGUGACUGCUCAGAUGGCUGGAAUGCAGAUCAGUGGUUCUGUGACCCCAGCCGCUCCCCCUUCAGGGUUGGGCUAUGGCCCACCAACAUCACUGGCGUCGGCCUCAGGAAGUUUCCCUAACUCUGGUCUGUACGGCUCCUGUCCUCAAGGCCAGGCUCCUCCCCUUAGCCAGGCCCAGGGUCAUUCUGGGGCUCAGCCUCCACAGAGAUCUGCCCCUCAGCAGGCCUCCAGCUUCACACCCCAAGCUUCGGGGGGUCCUCGGAUGCCUUCAAUGACUGGUCCACUCCUGCCUGGACAGAGUUUUGGGGGACCCCCACUGAAUCAGCCCAACCAUGUGUCCUCACCUCCUCCUCAAGCUCUGCACCCUGGCACCCAGAUGGCUGGGCCCCCAGGACCGCCACCCCCUAUGCACUCCUCCCAGCAGCAAGGCUAUCAGCUGCAACAAAAUGGUUCCUAUGGACCAACCCGGGGCCCUCAGCCCAAUUAUGGAAGUCCCUAUCCAGGAGCACCCGCUUUUGGCAGUCAGCCUGGGCCUCCUCAGCCACUGCCUCCUAAGCGCCUGGAUCCCGAUGCCAUCCCGAGCCCUCAACUCCAUGAGCUGCCUCCUCAGCAGAAAACCAGGCACAGGAUAGACCCCGAUGCCAUUCCUAGUCCAAUUCAGGUCAUUGAGGAUGACAGGAACAACCGGGGCUCAGAGCCAUUUGUUACUGGCGUACGAGGCCAGGUGCCACCCUUAGUUACCACCAACUUCCUAGUGAAAGACCAAGGAAAUGCAAGUCCCCGAUACAUUCGAUGCACAUCCUAUAAUAUCCCCUGCACAUCUGACAUGGCUAAGCAGGCUCAGGUGCCCCUGGCAGCUGUCAUCAAGCCGCUGGCAAGGCUGCCCCCAGAAGAGGCUUCACCGUAUGUUGUUGACCACGGGGAAUCUGGCCCUCUGCGCUGCAAUCGCUGCAAAGCAUACAUGUGCCCUUUCAUGCAGUUCGUGGAGGGAGGGAGACGCUUCCAGUGCUGCUUUUGCAGCUGUAUCAAUGACGUUCCCCCCCAGUAUUUUCAACAUCUGGAUCACACCGGCAAACGUGUGGAUGCUUAUGAUCGUCCUGAGCUUUCCCUGGGCUCCUAUGAAUUCUUGGCCACUGUAGAUUACUGCAAGAACAAUAAGUUCCCCAGCCCUCCUGCCUUCAUCUUCAUGAUUGAUGUCUCCUACAAUGCCAUCAGGAGUGGUCUUGUUAGGCUCCUCUGUGAGGAGCUUAAGUCACUGUUAGACUUUCUACCUAGGGAGGGAGGAGCGGAAGAGUCAGCAAUCCGAGUUGGCUUCGUCACCUAUAAUAAGGUGCUCCACUUCUAUAAUGUGAAGAGCUCCUUGGCCCAGCCACAGAUGAUGGUUGUAUCUGAUGUGGCUGACAUGUUUGUGCCACUGCUGGAUGGCUUCCUGGUCAAUGUCAACGAGUCUCGGGCAGUCAUCAUCAGCUUAUUGGAUCAGAUUCCAGAAAUGUUUGCAGACACAAGAGAGACAGAGACAGUAUUCGCCCCCGUUAUCCAGGCUGGGAUGGAGGCACUGAAGGCUGCCGAAUGUGCAGGGAAGCUGUUUAUAUUCCACACCUCCCUGCCCAUUGCCGAGGCCCCAGGGAAACUGAAGAACAGAGAUGACAGGAAGUUGAUCAACACAGACAAAGAGAAGACGCUGUUCCAGCCUCAGACAGGCACUUACCAGGCCCUGGCCAAAGAGUGUGUGGCCCAAGGUUGCUGUGUAGACCUCUUCCUCUUCCCUAACCAGUAUGUUGAUGUGGCGACGCUCUCUGUGGUACCCCAGCUCACUGGUGGCUCUGUCUACAAAUACGCUUGCUUUCAGGUGGAGAAUGAUCAGGAGCGGUUCAUGAGUGAUCUGCGUCGGGAUGUAGAGAAGGUCGUUGGCUUUGAUGCUGUGAUGCGAGUCCGGACAAGCACUGGUCAGUCCUGGUUGAGAAGAGCAGGUGGGGGGUGGGGCGGGAGGGAGGCAAGUGGCACCUGUCAUUCCUUUAGCCCUGACCCUGUCCAUGUGGCCUCAGGUAUCCGUGCUGUGGAUUUCUUCGGGGCUUUCUACAUGAGCAAUACGACAGAUGUGGAGCUGGCUGGCCUGGAUGGGGAAAAGACGGUGACUGUGGAGUUCAAGCAUGACGAUCGGCUCAAUGAAGAGAGCGGAGCCCUCCUGCAGUGUGCCCUGCUCUACACCAGCUGUGGAGGGCAGCGACGGCUCCGCAUACACAACCUGGCCCUCAACUGCUGCACCCAGCUAGCUGAUCUGUAUCGAAACUGCGAGACCGACACGCUCAUUAACUACAUGGCCAAGUUUGCAUACCGGGGGGUCCUAAACAGCCCUGUGAAGACCGUUCGUGACACUCUUAUCACCCAGUGUGCUCAGAUCCUGGCCUGUUACAGAAAGAACUGUGCCAGCCCCUCCUCUGCAGGACAGCUGAUCCUCCCUGAGUGCAUGAAGCUGCUCCCAGUUUACCUGAACUGUGUGCUGAAGAGUGAUGUCCUGCAGCCUGGAGCAGAAGUUACUACUGAUGACCGUGCCUAUGUCCGACAGCUGGUUACCUGCAUGGACGUGGCUGAGACCAAUGUGUUCUUCUAUCCUCGGCUCCUUCCUUUGACAAAGUCUCCCAUUGAGAGUACCACUGAACCACCAGCAAUCCGAGCCUCUGAGGAGCGUCUGAGCAAUGGGGACAUCUAUCUGCUGGAGAACGGGCUCAACCUAUUCAUCUGGGUGGGAGCAGGAGUCCAGCAGGGCGUUGUCCAGAGCCUCUUCAACGUCUCCUCCUUCAGCCAGAUCGCCAGCGGCUUGGGUAUUCUGCCGGUUCUGGAUAAUCCGCUGUCCAAGAAGGUGCGAGGCCUCAUCGAUAGCUUAAGGGCACAGAGAUCGCGGUACAUGAAGCUCAUCGUGGUGAAGCAGGAGGACAAGCUGGAGAUGCUGUUCAAGCACUUCCUGGUGGAAGACAAGAGCCUGAGCGGCGGAGCAUCCUAUGUGGACUUUCUCUGUCAUAUGCACAAGGAGAUUCGGCAGCUACUGAGCUAGAGCAAGAGGGUAAAGGGCAUAAGGUCCCAGGCCAGCUUCCAGAAAGUACCCCAGGGUAGCAGGGAAAUCAGGACAGUUCCAUAUCUUAAAAGUCAUGUAAGCUGAUCUCAGUAUCUGUGGGGGGAGGGAGAGGUAUAAGGAGACACCUUCUUUCUGGGCUCAAGUGUCCUCCCACUCUGUCAUGUCCUGCUGAUAGAAGGUGCCCCUAUCCCUUCACUUUGCCCUUCUUUUCCUGCUAAUCCGGUUGUAAUGAAUGUAGUUUCUCAGUUCACUGUAUAUGAUUCAGUUGGGGGAUUUGGAGGUACUCAGACCCUGGUGAUAUCAUGCCCCUUUGGACCAACCUCCAAGAAAAGAGAGCAGGCAGGAAGGAGUGGGGAUCCCAGGGUUACUAUGGGGGGAGGGGGGGACCCACUAAUUCAGCUCAGUGCCAUCAACAACUUCCUAUAUUAGGGAUAAACAUACAGAUGCACAAGAGCUAGGGUUUAAACCUUAGGUGGUGGAGAGAAAAGUGCUUGAUCCUUCAUGGGCCUGGAAGUCAGCAGCCAAGUCAAAAUUACUGAGGAUGGUUGAUUAGCUUUCUCUGCUGCCAUGCUUUUGUUCUCCUGCAAUGACUUGUGAUCACUCGGUCAUAGUGAUCGUAGAGGCACGCUGUCAGAGGUGAAUGAGCCUGGGAACUGAGUUGCAAAGUAUAUAAAGACCUGGGGAAGGUGCCAGCCUACUUUCCAGCUGGAGAGACCCCAGUACUGGAUGGUUCUGUAGGAAGUCUGGUCAUCAACUUGCAAUACCUCACAGAGCCAGCCCACAUCCCACUCUGCGCUCCCGCUGGAAACACUGCUUCUCCAAGCUGGGGAUUGUUGGGGAGAGAGGCAGAGGUGGCCGGAGCUCUGUACUCUCCUCCCGGGACACCACUCGGGCUCUGAUAUCGAUAAAGUGGCUGACAGUUAUCUUCCAACCCGAACUGGCUGGAGCAGGACAAGGGCUAGGCUUGAUGCUGGCCAGGCUUCCCUACCCCCAGCCUGGGAUGCCCCUGCUCUGGACUUCUCAUUUCUCUUCAUUGGUUUAUUUUUCAAUGCAUCUUUAAUUUGUAAAGAAAUAAAGUAAAUUAAGAUGUAA